UCAUAUUAACACUGAUGCUGUUCCUUGUAUAGGAUGAGGAAGUGUCACCUUAGCUGGUUUUGUAAAGGAAAAACUCAUCUGGUGAAAUGUUACGCAACUAAACUCCAUUACCCAGAAUGCCUUUCGACAGCCAGCCUCCAACUGUAAAGCGACUGGCGUGAAACUCAAAUCCCGGGCGGGAGCUUGCCGUUUUAGUUCCAGUCGACUCCGCGCUCCGGCACAGUUUGAACGUUUUUCCACCCCCAAAAGAAUCCCCAUUUAAAUUCCCUUUCAUUUUUUUUUAUCUUUGGUUACAUAAAAGCGAAGUUUCCCCGGUCGUCCUUUUAGCGAAGUGAAAAAUCGCGACGAGUUUAAAAGUUAAACGGCAGCAACGAAACUCGCCGAGGGAGGAGAGAACUACUCAAACAGCGUGAAGAUGAUUCUGAAAGGUCAGAAACGGAAACUGGACCCGGAGGACGUGGAGGCGUCGGACCGCAGCAGCCCGACGUGGGAGAGCCAGCGGCAGUUCGUCUUCUCCAUGUCACUGAACAAGUACCAGCGCGGCCAGGAGCUGCCGGAGCCCAGCCUGCGCCGCUCGGUUCUGAUCGCCAACACGCUGCGCCAGAUCGCUCUGGAGAAACACGGCGAGUCGCCACCGGACUCUGCCUUAAUGUCCGGAGAACCUGUGGCUCCGCCCACAAACCGCGGCCCAUCAGAGGACGAGGACUGGGGGUCAGCGGAGUCCGACUUCUCCCUUUCAGCCGCCAUUUCCUCCAUCCUCACUGCGCUGGACUCCACCAUUGACGGCGGCCCGCAGGCAGCUCUGCGGACGCCUCUCCGGGCCCUGGAGAACCUCCCAGAGAGCGCCGGCGACGCGGCGAAACCCGGCUAUGUGAACGACGUCAAUAUGGCGGAUCUGUUCCAGGAAGUAGACGCGUCCCUGCUGGGAAGAGUCGGCUCCCCGGCCGAAGAGGAGCUGAUCUGCUACCUGCCGCCGUUCUCCUCCGCCUCCUCCAACUUCAGGUGUUUGCCUUCGUUCUCCUCCUUCAGUCCGCUCUCGUCCUCUUCCUCGCCUGACUCCGCCUCCUUCUCUGGUCCUAAUCAAAACAGGGAAGCGUUUGAGCUGGAGCACCUGAUGGAGAUCUUGGUGGAGUCUUGACGGCUUUCUCUAAAAUAAACAACAAAAAAACUAUCAUAAGUCAGUGGACUGAAUUCAGAUGAAAAGAAAUGCUUAUUUUUUUACAUUUUCUACACGAACUCAAAGAAUAGUGCAUUAUGGGGUUUAGAAAGUCAGGAAUGCAAAUGAAACGUAAAAACAGGGCAGGAGGAACUUCAGCAGCUUUUGGUUUAAAAAUAAAACGCAGUCACAGUAAAAUCUGUUUGCAGAAGGAGCCGCUGCAGGUUUACGUCUCUAAAGCCUGAGCAGUUCCAGGGCCGGACCAGAAGGUGGCGCCAGAUGUCGGUUCUGAUCAUGUGGCUGAAACACUAACAUUACGGCUCGGAUCUUCUGUGAAGAAGUCGGGAAGUUUUGUGUUUUGGGAAUAUUUCAGCUGUUUUUUCCUAAACAUGUCAGGCGUCUGUUACAUUCAGUUCCUGUAGGAGUUCAACUUGAAGUUGUUUUGUCUUUUCAAAGUCUUUUUAAUUCAAAGAGCAAUCACAGCACUGUAUUUAACACACUGCUUCCUCAUUGGAUGAUGGUCGGCGCCCAGCAGCAAAGUUUCAGCCAUAUUGGCUCUGAGAAUCCAAGCGGUGCCGACAGGUUUUUAUAUGGUUUACAUUACAUAUUUGCACUUUUGUCAAUAACACACAUUUGCCUCAACCAUGUUAGUAUUUUCAAUUGGCAGUGUCGAAACAAAAAGUCCUGUUUUUGUUCUUCAAUGUUCUGUUAUCGUUGGGCAUUUCAUAUUUAAUUGUUGAGCAUUUAAAUGGUUUGAAGAAACAGGAACGUCUGAAGUUUUAGCUGUUCUGCAGACUAUAAACAGUUUUUGUUGCAAACAAAAUGUUUCAUUUAAAGUUGUAUCAUAUGGACAAAUCACUAAUAAUGUAUUAAUGUACCACCUUAUAAACUUUUUAAAAUUUU